AUGUGUCCACCACCAAACGAGCUAUACCAAUUCUCAGUCGUGUCAGCACUCAUGGACGGCGUCGCCUCGGACGGCCUCCCCCUCUCGUCGUUGCUUGAAGAGGGCGACCACGGCCUGGGCACCUUUCGAAACAUGACGGGCGAGCUCAUCGUGGUCGACGGCGAGGCAUACCAGAUGAGGCAUGACGGGACCGUCGUUCCAGCACCGGGACAGCCCGACUCGGAGGGGUACCACAAGACGAGCGUGACGCCGUUUGCCAUGGUGACCAAGUUUGCCCCCUCGGUUACGACCACGGCCCCGAUCCAGGCCAAGGACGGGGUGGAGCCCGUCCUCGCCCGACUUGUCCCCGACGCUCGCAACACGCACAUUGCGUUCCGCCUCGACGGCGCCUUUCGCUCCAUCACAGUGCGUACCGCCGCCGGCCAGUGUUUUCCCGGCGAGGGCCUCAGGGACGUCGCCAGCCGCCAGAACGAGCUCGUCAUCGGUCCGCUCAGGGGCACCGUCGUGGGGUUCCGAUCGCCCCAGUUCCUCCAAGGUGUGGCCGUCGCGGGUGUCCACAUGCACUUUAUAGACGACGAUCGACAGGCCGGUGGGCAUGUCCUUGCCCUCGAGACGGAUGGCGAGGUCACGGUCCAGGUUGCGGAGCUGUGGCGGACGGUCAUGGACUUGCCGCGCGGGGACAAGCAGUUCAACGAGGCUACCUUGGCGUUGAACGCGGAGGGUAUCGCCGCUAUCGAGGGAUAG